CCACCUCUGCUACCAAUACACUACUCCUACCACUGCCACUACCAACACAAAAGUAAAGUCAAGUACUUUACCUUCCACCUUCAAGUGAGCUACAACUAGUAACUCAUGAACCCAAAACAAUCCUAACAGCAAUUCAGCAUGGUUGGCUACUGGAGCAAGACGAAGUUCCUAACCCCCGAACAAAAGACGGCUGCCAUAGCAGCGAAGGAGAGGGCCUCUCAGAAGGCCGAAUUCGACUUCCGGGCCCGCCAAGCCUGCUCCAGCCCUGCCGUCGUUCAAGUUUACCGAAACCGAAACGGCGAAAUGUUCAGGAUCGUCUGUAACGAGAUGGGAUCGAAGUCCGAGUGGAUUCCUCUCGAGCAGCAGCUUUUGGCUUCCGGCCACCUUUGGCUGCCCGCUCAGCCGAAAGGAAACGCGGGGCCUUACGACGAAUGGUACGAAUACGGCCAGAAUCAGUCCGACUUCAUCCUGGUGGUUGAUGCAGAUAUUGGCUUCAACGAGGUCAAUAUAGGGAUGAGUGACGAGGCGAAAUUCUUCCAGUUCAGGGAGAUACAAGUUUCGGAAACUCCUUUCGGGAAAUUUUGGGAAGGAGUUAUGUCGUUUUCUCUCGAUCCGGCUCGGGAGUUCUUCAAGAUUUCCAACACGGAUGGAAGUAUCGAGGCACAUCCUGCCCCUGGUCUUACGCCCGCUCUCGCUUCCCCCGUCGUCGCCGCUCCCGCCCCUGCUCGCGUCCCUCAAGAGCAGUAUGGCAACGCUGUUGGAGACUUCGUCGGCCUGUCUGACGAUCAACUCGCGGAGAUCCCGUUGUAUGAGGGCGACAUGGAAGUCCAGCCCUCCUCUCCUCCGUCGUCUUCUCCUAGUUCUGGAGGACCCAACUUUUUGUCUGGCAGCGAUACGUCUGCUACUUUGUCGGAACCCCCGACUAUCAGCCCAUUUGCCGGCAACAUGCCUCCUGAAUGGUAUGAGCAGCUGGACUUCGCUGCGUUUGACGCCGACAUGUCUGCCAAAGGUCUCGACCCGGCGUCGUUGGGUCCGUAUGCCGACUACUUCGCCACGCAGCCAUACGUUACGGCCUGAUUUUCGACAAUGAGGACCUCCUGGUACAUGUUUGGCGUUUGAGAGAAUUGCUUUUUGGGGGGGCUAUUGUGGGUUAAUUUCUUACGGUUUGUAUGUUGAUUC